GUGUGGUUGGUUGAUAUAAGGACUUUGGUUGAAUCCAUGGACAUAAGAAGACCUCUUUAUGUCUACGGUUGAAUCUCAUAUAGAGACCGCCUUUUUGCAUCACGCGUACAGCGUGACUGACGUCAAGGACUUCCAUCCCCUGUUGUUGUAUGCAGGGUGAAUUGAAGUGGCUGUGGUGGUUACUCGUUAUAAAGUUAGAGACACAAAGAGAAAGAAAUAUUCGCCGUUAUGGCCUUGCAAACUGCUGAGGAGAUAGAGGAGCAAGUCGAAGAGUCCGAGGAUAUAUUGGAACAGGAUGUCCGAGUCUCUCCAGCAGAGGAAAUGCCGGGCGAUGGGCCUGGAGAAGAGGAAUCUGAUCAGCUACUUCUGCCGUGGGACCGAUUCUCUGCAUGGCUUCAUUGUAUUUGUGUCGUAGGUUUCGAUCUAGAACUUGGUCAAGCCGUGGAGGUGAUUUAUCCACAUCACUCAAAACUAACUGAAAAAGAGAAAACCAGUAUUUGCUACCUGUCCUUCCCAGACUCCAACUCAGGUUGCCUGGGUGACACACAGUUCUGCUUCCGUUUCCGGCAAGCAUCAGGCAGGCAGUUGUCGCUAGGAUGCUUUCUGGACCGCUGUGACCGAGAUGCACCCGUCAGCCUCAAGAGAGACCAGGGCCAUUUCUAUGGUUAUGUCUACUUCAGGCAGGUGCGGGACAAGUCACUCAAAAGGGGCUACUUUCAGAAGUCCCUAGUCCUGAUCAGCAAGCUUCCAUAUGUCACCUUCUUUCACUCCCUGCUGAAGUUGCUGGCUCCAGAAUACUUUGAGAAGCAAGAGCCUUGCCUUGAAGCAGCCUGUAAUGACAUAGAUCGUUGGCCCACACCAUCCCCUGGAAAAAUACUGAGUCUCCCCAUCAUGGGGGUAGUCAUGAAGCUGCGUAUACCUACAUGUUAUGACAAGCCAGGAACCUCUCAGCUGGUGCAGUCAACACAGGGUGACAACCUUGUGUCCAUCGUCCUUCCUACUAUACACGAGGUAGACUUGUUCAGGUGUUUCUAUCCAGUCUUCUUUCACAUUCAGAUGUUGUGGGAAUUGGUUUUGCUAGGCGAGCCGCUAGUUGUCAUGGCGCCAUCUCCAUCGGACUCCUCCGACACGGUGCUGGCUCUGGUCAGCUGCAUAUCGCCACUGCGCUACUGCAGCGACUUCAGACCGUACUUCACCAUCCACGACAACGAGUUCAAGGAGUACACCACCAGGACACAGGCUCCGCCAUCUGUCAUCCUUGGCGUGACGAAUCCUUUCUUUGCCAAAACCCUCCAGCACUGGCCUCACAUCAUCCGGAUCGGAGACAUAAGGCAGACAGGUGAGAUGGCCAAACAGAUGAAAGUGAAGAAACUGAAAAACCUGAAGACUCUGGACUCUAAACCAGGUGUGUACAGUGCAUACAAACCCUUCGUGAACAAAGACGAGGACAUCAUCAAACAGCUACAGAAGGGCGUCCAGCAGAAACGUCCGUCUGCAGCCCAGAAUGCAAUUCUGCGGCGGUAUUUCUUAGAGCUAACCCAGAGCUUCAUCAUACCACUGGAGCGAUAUGUGGCCAGUCUGAUGCCCCUGCAGAAGAGUAUUUCUCCAUGGAAGAGCCCUCCUCAGUUACGUCCCUUCAUUCAAGAGGAGUUCAUGAAGACGCUGGAGAAGGCCGGUCCACAGCUCACGUCUCGGCUCAAGGGGGACUGGAUUGGCCUCUACAGGCAGUUUCUUAAGUCCCCCAACUUUGAUGGAUGGUUCCGGAACCGCAGGAAAGAAAUGAUGCAAAAACUAGAGGCCCUGCAUCUGGAGUCACUCUGUGAAGAGGAUCUCCAGCUACGGAUUCAGAAACACACGGAGGUGGAGACCGUGGACCUUGUGCUAAAGCUCAAGGACAAACUGACCCAAGCAGAGAGAGAGCAGCUGCCUGUUCGUGCGGGAACCCUGGCCAAACUCCAGAGCCACAUUGAGUCCAUCAUCCUCGCCCUACCAGAGGACCUGCAGGGCAUCUUGCAUAAGCCAGUCACCCCCUGAAACGUCACCUCUCACCUCUCACCUCUAACCCCCACUGUUGCAACUGGAUGGAUGCAGUGGAUUUACUCUAAAUCAAAGCGGGCCAAGUUCCCUAAUGAGCUGUGGAUAUUUCCUUUUUGUUAUUGUUUUUUAUUAUUAUUAUAAUUUUUUUAAACCAGGUUUUUAAGUGCACUUGUUCCCACAGACUAGUGGGAUUGCUGGUAUUGCAAAGAAAGCAAGCUUAUUCUAAGGACAUAUCCCCAGACAAUGAGAGCUAGACGGCGUUAAUCUUCCUAUGCACAAAACCAUGGCGUGAAAGAACGCGUUGAACUCACUGUCAGGCACGCAAGCUGGCCCUGGGCCAUGUUCCUGUCGCUGUCCCUCCUUUAGCACUGGUAGUGUUAAAGAAUUUGGACCAUAUUUUUUCAAACGUUUCAAGCCCUCUAAAUCUUACUGGUAAAUCUAAUGGAUGAGUUGGCAGAGCAGGAUUGAGACCAGGCCUGGGGUCCUCUAGAUCGCGUUACUUUAUGACACAGCUUCUGAGACUGGCUGUAUGUUUAUAAAGUCACAAAGAUAAACGAGUUUGAUGAUGUGUGACUGAUGAAUUAUGAUGGUAGAGAACUGUUCUACAUUCUUUUUUCAGAACUACUGUUUGGAAUAAGGAGGCUCAGCCGAAUUAGAAUCGAAACUCAAUCUGGUUGAGCUCAAUCUGAACUUGAAGUUACGUGACCAGCACAGGGAAGCGAGAGGAGGAGGGGGGAAAGCAAUAAAAUGAACCAGCUGUGUACAUCAAGUAUAUGAUUGGUAAUAGUUGUCAUCUACUAAUUCUUAAAAUGUAUAGAUUGUGCAUAAGAAUCUUGCUAUGUUGUUUAAUAUGCUGAGCACACUUAAGAGUUCUGAAAAGGAAACACUAACCAAACUCCUUUUAUCUUUGAAGAGUUUAUCAACUCUUGUUGUGGAUGUAGCAACCUAUUGUUAAAAGCAGCUUAUUUCCAGUGCAGGGUUCAUUAUGGAAUUGAUCUAAAGGGAAACGGUGGGCCCUUUUUUCAUCUUUUUAGGUCCAAAUCUUACUAGGAACAAAAACAACCAAAAUCAGUCCAGUAUUGAGUUUGAACACUAGAACCGGCAACAGCAAAACAGCUAUACAAUGGAAUCCCAUGUGGCAAGGCAUUUGGGUCAAAAUAAACGCAUGUUUUCGCCACUGACGGGCUCAACGUUAUUACACGUGUCUGACGACAUGGAAAUGAUCCCUAUAGAGAUAGACCCGUGUUUGUUUACCUCCACAGUUACCUCAAUAAAAUGACUGUUUCUGCUGUUUCUGUUUCUAAGUUUCAGGUUUGGUUCCUGUAGAAAAUGGCUGUGUAGAAAGUCAUUUUCUACAGUUUCUUUACAGUUAUUGAGGUAAACAGACACGGGUCUAUCUCAGUAGGAGAUGCCUUACCAUGUAGUCAGACACUUAAUGAGCUUGUCAGUGGCGGAGAAAAGCGGUUUACUUUGACGCAGAUGCAUGCCCCGUAGGAUGGUGUCGUACAGCUGUUUUGCUGUUGCCGGUUCUAGCGUUCUUACUCAACACUGGACUGAUUUCAAGCGAUUUUGUCCCUAGUAAAAAUGUUGACCACAAAAGAUGGGAAAGUAGGCCCCAGGUUUGAAAAAAAAGUUUCCCUUUAAAAUAGCUUUACUGUAUUCUUCAAGAAACCUCUUCAUUUAAAGCUUGAGUCAUCAUAAAUUCACCUGCAAAAGGGAAAAGAAAUCAAAUGUUCCUGUCUGUGUAUUUGACUAGAUAUAGUAGAUGAACUAAGCCUCUUUGGAAACUGACCCUUGUCAAAGCCUGAAGUAAUAAUCUGUUUAUGUGUUGGAUGUUCUGUGUGCACCAAACAGAUGAUUUGAUGUGUGUGUUUUUGUCCAUGUGCCUCAAUGAUGAUGAUGAUAUCAACCUUGUGUCUGAUGAUAUGCUCUACAGGCGGACUGUAGGGUCCCCGUCAUACAUUCCUCAGAGAAGAGCAGCAGUUGGCCUCUUAAGCAAUGGCACUGUGUUGAUUCCAUUGCACUAGGGUCUGCCUCCUCUUAGGCCUCCCUUCUGUUCAAAAGUGCUCAUAUGGAGCACUGCUUCAGCAUAUAGUGUCAGCAAUAACAGACUCCAAGUGCACUGUCACUGUAGGUCAUUGCAGCUUGAGUCCAUACUAAUUGCAUUGUUAGUCAUUCCUUUGUUUAAGGUAUUGGUUGAAGGAGAGUUUAUGAUUUACCUUUCAAUUACCGGUGCCUUUUACGCUUCAUCUUAGGUUUCUUGUCUACAAUAUAUGCAUUAUUGCCUUUUGAAAUUUGCACCUGCAUUUCAUUUUGACAGUGUUCCAGUUGGUGCUCUGGUUGCCAACUAACCGCAAGAACCAUGUGGAUCUGGUAUCAUGAUAAAGCAUUCAUGUUCUAUUUGUUCAUCUGCUUUACUGUUUGAAAUAGGCUGUCAGUAACAGGAGUCUUUACUAGUCACUCCCACAGUUUGGGGCCAAUGUGAUCCGUCUUAGAGUACAACCCCUGGUGGAGGAGAGGAAUGAAACAGGAGCUUCACCCGGGGUUGGUACAUUGUCAGUAAUGGUUUGCGUUCUGGCAAGUGGAACCUGGAACCACCAAAGAUUAGAACCACUCUGAUGUUUUUAAGUGUGCAGUUUGAAGUGAAAUAUUUCAUCAGAAAGAUUAUCAGAUCCCCUAUCUCCAUGAGCUUUGUUUUUUUUUUUUCUCUAGUGCACGUGGUGAAUUAUUCCAAUGUGGGGAAUGUUUUCACCUGGCAAAACAAGUAUAAACUAAUAGGUAGUAAACUGAACCUGUGACAGUUGGUUGUUGGACAACCACUUAUUUUAUAUUUAAAGAGGAAAAUGUAUUUUAACAUGCUUGAAUUUUAUAUAGAGGUCUAUUCUCAUACUCUACUACUCUAGAAAUGUAAUGAAUUGCUGUCUUACAGAACCACUGGCCAUUUAUGAUAGUUUUUCACUAUUCUAUGAACAAAUAUUUUUUUUUAAAUUAUGUGAGCUGUUAAUGCUUAUAGAUGUUGUUAGCGUGGAAUGUGAAGUAUCCUAAAUGGGCAGGAUUGGCUCAUUAAGACCCACAACAAUAAUGUAAACUAAAGCACAGAAACUAUCUUUGACUUCAAGUGGAGAAAAGAAAUUGGCAUUAAUGGUGUUCUCUGUUGAACCCAUAAUUUCUUGUAAUCCGUGACUAUUCCAACUGUACAACUGAAUUUCUUUGCUACAACCAUACUCAUGACGAAUAUUUUUCAUUUGUAAAUAAACUGACAGUACAGUGAUAUGUAA